AGUUAUCGUCGCGUAGCCGUAACGGUACCACGCACGCGGUUGUCGCGUCCCAAUAACACAAAUACAACCUAAUUACACGUGAAAUCACUAGUAUUCGUACCGAUUAAAAAUACGCACUUUCUCGUGUAAGAAUAUAAUGUAAUUGUUUACCUGCGUGCACGAUUCGCUCUCAAAAAUACGAUGUAAAUAUAUGUAGCGAAGAAAUUAGGUAAACAUAAACGGUGAGAUUAAGGAACACGUUGUGAUAGUGAGGCAAAGUCAAUAUUGUAAGUUGUAUUGUAAGUGGAUUGUAACGUGGGAUUUUGAUCGAGUGCUGUAUAGAAAAUGAUGGCAACUAUAAACUUUAAAGAUGCGAUAUGAAUACUUAAACAUCCAUUUGAUUACAUCGGAGGUUUUAAAGGAGCCGGGGCGCUAAUGUAAAUGAAUCAAAAAUGGUGAACUCAUAAUCAUCAUCAUGGAUGAGCUGAUGAAGAAGUUACGCAGUAUCAUGGCACUGCUGUGGAUGAUAGCUGGCUUGACGACGGUCGGGGCCGUCAAGGUUGUCAUUGAGCCGCUACCUAAAGAUCAUGUACGAGAAUUUUCGUGCGGGACACAAUACUACAGAACUUUCUUCGUGGAUUCGAAACGGGAUGCCCUAUACGUGGGUGCAAUGGAUCGGUUGUAUCGGCUUAACAUGAACAAUAUCAGCGCAUCGCACUGCGAAAGGGAUUCGAUAAAUUUGGAACCUAGUAACGUCGCGCAAUGUGUGUCCAAAGGAAAGUCUGAGCACUUCGACUGCCGCAACCAUGUGAGAGUGAUUCAGCCCAUGGGUGAUGGAUCAAGACUCUACGUGUGCGGUACCAACGCACACAGCCCCAAGGACUGGGUUUUAUAUUCGAAUCUCACCCACCUGCCGCGCCACGAAUACGUGCCUGGCAUAGGUAUGGGCGUCGCGAAAUGCCCAUACGACCCAGCGGACAAUUCGACAGCGCUGUGGGUCGAAAGAGGAAACCCCGGCUCGUUACCAGCCUUAUACUCUGGUACCAAUGCGGAAUUCACCAAAGCCGACACUGUCAUCUUCAGAACUGACUUGCACAAUUUGACUACGGGAAGGAGGGAGUUCUCGUUCAAACGAACUUUGAAAUACGACUCUAAGUGGCUCGAUAAACCGAACUUCGUGGGGUCUUUCGACGUCGGAGAAUACGUCUUAUUCUUCUUCCGCGAGACUGCAGUGGAAUACAUAAACUGUGGCAAGGCGGUCUACUCCAGGGUGGCGAGGGUAUGCAAGAGAGAUACCGGUGGAAAGAACAUCCUCAGCCAGAAUUGGGCUACGUAUUUAAAAGCAAGACUCAAUUGUAGCAUACCAGGAGAGUUCCCGUUUUACUUCAACGAAAUACAAAGCAUAUAUAAAGUGCCAGGGGACGACAGCCGUUUCUAUGGUGUAUUCACCACCGCUUCUACCGGCCUUAUGGGCUCGGCAAUCUGCACCUUCACUAUAAGCGACAUUCAGAAAGCUUUUGAAGGGAAAUUCAAAGAGCAAGCCACCUCCAGCUCUGCUUGGCUGCCAGUUAUAAGCAGUAGAGUUCCUGAACCAAGACCUGGCACUUGUGUGAAUGACACUUCCUCUCUUCCAGACACUGUACUCAACUUUAUAAGGUCCCACCCGUUGAUGGACAGCGCUGUGUCCCACGAGAACGAGAAACCGAUAUACUACAAGCGGGACCUUUUCUUCACCAGACUGGUGGUAGAUAGGGUCAAGGUGGACAUGCUUGGACACCAACUAGAUUACACCGUCUAUUACGCUGGCACAAAUGAAGGAAAAAUACACAAAAUCGUGCAAUGGACACGCAAUGGGGAUAGCCAAUCGGCUCUUCUGGACAUUUUUGAUGUCACUCCUGGCGAGCCUAUUCAGGCAAUGGCUCUGUCUCGCAAGCAUGGCUCACUCUACGCGGCGUCAGAUCGACGUGUGCUUCAACUCCGACUAGCGUUGUGCGCGCGCCGCUACGACGCAUGCGUGAGAUGCGCUCGCGAUCCUUACUGCGGGUGGGACCGUGACGCAGGGGUCUGCAGGGAAUAUGUGCCAGGGUUAAUUCAAGAUGUAGCCAAUGAAACAGCGGACAUUUGCGAUUCGUCUAUUGCCCGCAAGAGUGUCUCAGCUACUUGGGGCCAGAGUCUCCACCUCGGCAGCUUCGUGAAGAUGCCAGAAGUGCUCCAUCCGAGAGCUGUCACGUGGUACCAUUAUUCUAGAGAGAAAGGCCGGCAUCCAAUCACAUUUAAUAAGCCAGAGAAGUACAUUGAAACAUCGGAACAUGGUCUACUAAUAAUAUCUGUCAAUGAAGGUGACGCUGGCAGAUAUGACUGUUGGCUUGGUGGAUCUCUCCUUUGCUCAUACAAUAUCACAGUUGAUACUCACCGAUGUUCGCCACCCGAGAAAAGCAACGAAUAUCAGAAAAUAUAUUCGAAUUGGUGCCAUGAAUUUGAAAAGUAUAAAACAGCCAUGAAAACAUGGGAAAGAAAACAGGAGCAAUGUGCGAGGCAGAAUGACUCUAAUCAGAACACCCAUCCUAAUGAGAUCGUGUGAUAGCUUCUAAACAUCGCCUAUCUCAUGUUUCAGUCUGUUAACUACUAUGCUGGCUCAAUACCGGUGCCGUUCGUAUCGGCCGGCCUUAAAUACUUCAAUAUAUUUUCGUGAGUCCGUCGACGGUCAUCCAAAACAUAAUCAUCUCACUCAAUAGUGGCAAGCUCAAGUUGUGUAUGUACCUAACUCAGUGACACCCUAUAGCUUACGUAUAUUUAAAGUGUAGUGAUACGUAGUGCAUCGCUCCAACCACACUGGGAUCAUGAGAAGGUGAUUUGACAUUCAAAAUUUGAAUGGACACUUAUUAAAAUUCAAUGGAUCGAUAGUUAUCGGCGUUGUGCGUUGCUUUGUUGGAUAUGGAAUGUAUAAAGGUUAGAAGUUGAGAUUCUCAAAUUUGUAAGUACGCUUUGUUCGUUGGGUAAGGGUUUAGAAGAAUUGUUAGAAUUAUUGAAUGGAAAUAAUUAAUUUUGAUAAAUCUUAAAGUAUUUUAAUGAGAGCAUUUUAAACCCAAAUAGUAAUUAAUAAUGUUUGUUUUGUUAUUAUUUAAGAUAAUAAAUAAAUUGAUCCUAUGUGCAUUUUAAUAUUGUUUAUGUAAGUUAUAGAAGACUAAUUUAUGUAGUUAGACCUUUGGGCGAUCAAUGAGUUUUGAUCGGAUAAUGUAAAUUAAAGAACGGAUCAAGAUUCAUCGCACCGAGUACUCGCGUACUAAUGAUCGAGUAUAGAGAUACGUAGUUCACCGCUGCCUUACUGCGGUCGUAAUUUGAAAUCUCCGAGGGUUGUGGGAGGGUUCGCCUCAUUAUUUUUCCCCUAUUUGUGUAAAUAGUUACCUAAUUUUCGUUCAACUGUACCUACUAAUGUAAGUGUACGUAUAGUAUGCACGUCCCUAAUGGUAAAAAUAUAUAAUUUAAGCCUGUGAUAUAUAUAAGAAACUUUAAAUAUUUUAACUAAUAUGGGGAAUGUAUUGAGAUUAAAUUUUUACAUGAUAACGUUUUGCUGCUUAAAGGCCGCAACGAUAUGGUUUCAAAUAUUUUACUAUAUUUAAUAGACAAGUGUGUAUUCACAUUCCACAAUACAACAUAAAUAUUAUUAGAAAGUUCACAAUCAAGAAAUAAUAUUGAUUUUUAUUGAAAAAAAUAAGUUAAGACAUUUUAUUAGUUUAAGCCCGAUUUUCAAUUUUUUUAGUUAACCCCAAAUCGCCAUGGUUUUGAAAAAAUUUUUUGAAAAAUUGCCUUAAUUGAUUUAUAUAAUGUAUUAUCCUAGUUAAUUUAACUCUUUUAAAGUAAAAUAUUAUUUGUAUAACUUCAUUAUAUAAAAUUCAAAUAUAAAGACAUUAUAACACAAUUUUUCAAUCGCAUGACAACAAAGCCAAUUUAAAAAUAGAAUUUUGGACGAAUGUUUCUUACACUAAAGUAUACAUAAUAUUAUUUAAAAUUAUUAUUAAAACCCGGUUUAAUAAGUAACGGCGAUAUUAUUAGUCUAAACGAUUUUUCAAAAUAUUUUUGUACAGAAAAAAAAACAGUUUUGUAAUUUUAAUAGGCUAAUUCGAACUUGACUCGCGUAAUGUCAUCAAAAUUGUACCUCCUUACGAAAUUUCUCGAUUUCAUAUCAUUACUUUGUACCUUAGAGCUUUGUACAUAGUAUCGACAUUUGUUCACCAUUUUAUUAAUAUUGAUCAGAGGAAAAUUUUAACAGUUUUACUAUAAAAUAGCACAUAUUUUUUCUAGAAAUUUAUUGAAAAAUUAUGCCAUCAAUAUUCCGCUGCCAUCAUAUAUAAACUAUGCGUUUAUGUAAUAUCAUUUUUACUAACACCUAUAUUAUUAUUAUUGGGUUAAAGAAUAUUGGAAAAUGAAACACAAUAUAAUUUUUUGGAUAAUAUCGAGUAAUAGUUUUUAAUAUAGCAAAAAAUUAAGUCCACUAUUCGUUUUGAAAACGCCAAAACAAAAUAUCGAAAUUCAAUCGUAGCGAAAAUAAUUGUUAGUAUAAUAGGUGCUUCAACAUGUAAGCUUUCUUUCCGCAAAUACAUAUAUUUUGAGACUCAUAUCAUUAUGUACAUACAUAAAUCGGAAUAAUUAUAAAGAUCAUAAGAAAUAUCUGAGCUUCGUCGUUUAUUCUUAUAUACUAAGAUUUCGUACUUAAGUAUUUUAGGGUUGAAUGUUACAUCUAAUGCCGCGUCUACUUUUUUUCCGUGUAGCUUUGUCUUAUUGUCACAUUAAAAUGUUAAUUGUAUUCUAAUAAAAAAAAUGCUUCACAGAAAUAUCCAAAAUUAUCACUCUAAAAUCAAUCUUAUUUUUUGUAAUAAUUUUAAACACAGAGUGUCUUCUCACUCGCUAUAGUUUUCAUGUAAUGAUAAGCAUAGUUUUACAUCGAAAUUCGGUGGCAUGCGGUGAGUUUCAACCCUUAGUGAUUAUUAUAAUUAAGGAUUUCCCAUAAUAGGGAUGAUCUUGCGCAAUAAUUAUAUAACUAAUUACUAAUAUCUGUACUAAUCGAAUAGAACUGUAAAUUUCACGUGUUACUAUAAUGUAAUAAGUUAAAAUCAAGUGUAGUGUUAAGAUUUUGUAUAAUAAAUCUAUGAAAUG